AUGAAUCGAGAUAUGAAUGGAGUAAUGAAGGGAAUCCCGAUGAGUGAAAAUACUAAAAUGAUUUUUUUUGCACAAUCAAAACCUACUGGAAGACAAAGGCAGUUAGGUGAAGAAUCAAUAGUGGAUUACUGUUUAAAGGCGAAGAAAUGUAAUAAUAUCGUCAAACUCUGUAAAGGUCAUUUUAGAAGUGAAUUCUAUAGUGGAUUAACACAAGAAAAUGUGAGAUAUAUUGCAAAAAAUGAUUAUUAUUGUGAAUUAGUAGAAAUACUUAUUCAAGCGGAAAAAGAGUCAGUGACUAGUAUUAUAACUGGGUUUAAAGAUUAUAUUAGUCAGUCUG